AGGAAUCCCAAAAAAUGGACAGAUAUUACGGUAGCCACGUGGCAAAUUCAAGUUUUGACUCAUUUAUGCAAUCUGUGGAUCCAUUUGAGCCAACACCGAAACGAAGAUCCACUGGAGAGUCGGACAGCAUCGCCCGAGCCAUCAGAAAUGCUUUGGAUCCCGAGCUACAGUACCCCCAGCCAUCAAUCGAUAUUUUUGGACCGUCUACAUCAAAUUUUGGAAAUUAUGAAGAAAAUGAUGAAUCAAUUCUGGCAAUAGUAUCCUCAACACAUUCUUCACAAGAAUUGAGCACAACAACGGAUAGGGAAAAACCGCCGAAAAAAGUGAAAAAAGAGAAGAAAAUUGGAGAAAAAUUCCCGAUUUUCAACUCCAAACCGGCGCAUCAGCCGAUUAUGGAUGAUUUUUUAUCACCUGAUGAUAUCGAGCGCUACCGUAACCGUCCCCGGAAACCAUACGUAAAACAAAUUCGAAUGGACGAUUAUCUAUUCAAAGCCCGUCGAAUUGAUAAAGGAUCACGAGAAUUUGGAUUACACACAACACACGAACCAAAACGUGGAAGCAAGAAAAAACGGGAUUCGAUUGAAAGUCUUGAAGUUGAAAAUAUUCAGAAACCAUCGAAAAAGCACAAUGAGCAACAUCAAAAGAAGCCUGAGCAACUCGAUUUCACACUGGCAUUCACUACGCCGAGUCCGGCAAGAAAUCGCCAAAAAACUUCGAAAUUGACAAAGUUUUUCGAGAAAAAUCCAUCGAAAACUUCUAAUCGAGAUUCGAAAAUUGAAAACCGUUCGAAUUCUUCAUCUAUCAUGUACAAUGAUCCAUCUGCCUACUCAAAUGAUAGUAUUUUGGAUGAUACAAUUAUCUCCUCAACACCUCCUGAUAAAUCAUCAUUUCUCGCUGAAACUAUGCCACUAGCGACACCAAGUCCCAAGAAUUUGACACCAAAAAGAGCUCUUCCGACUUCUAGUGCUCGAUCGAUAUUCGGACACGUUGUGCUGCCGAAUCCGAUGAAACGAAAGGAUUUAGGUGUUCUGGCAGCAGUGGAGAAGGACCGCCAGCCAUUGAAACAAGCGAAACGUCAAAAGACGACUGGCUCAAGUAAAAAGCCAGAAUUCGACUAUCCAUCGUCGCCAAUCACACUUCACGAUGAGCAGGAGGAGCAGGAUCUGAAAUUGAGAACACCCGAGCGAAAGACUCUGCAAAACGAAGAGGCGCAGAGAAAACAAUUCGGACGCCACAUGUCAGAACGUGAACAACUCAUGAAACAACUGGUAGAUCAAAAGUUUCGAGAAGAGCGAGAGAAUGGAGAUUUAGAGAGUCGAAGGGCUCAAUUGAAGGAUGGACAAGUGAUUCGGAAUAAGGAAAUGAGGAAGAAUUUGAUGCACGGAGCCGCGUGCAAGUGUUGUAGAGCUUAUUAUGAUGGUCUCGAGAUGGAUGAAAAGGAGAAGGAACAGUAUAUUAAUCAGAUCAGUCGCCACCGCUACGUGCACCAACCACUUCCAGACACUCCAGAACGGUAUUGGGAUUUGACAAUGGGACCACGAGAUGAGGACAGCGGAAAUCAUGUACAAAUGACACAGAGCCGACGAUGGGAAGAUAUAGCAGAGAAAAUGGAAUGGCCGACUGGAAUCAAUACGUGGAAUUAAUUGAAACAUAUCACUUCUUAUUUUAUUUAUUUUCAUAUGAAUAUGUGUAUUU